AUGUCUAUCUCGGCGGCGGAUACCGUUACGAAUUCCAUCGAUAUUUCGGGUCCCUGGGAAGACAAGGGGCUAUACGACAUCGAUCUUGUUGAUACAUCCAAAACCCCGUCCAGGGAAAACAUCACCCAAGACGAUGAAGAGAAUGAAUACCCAACAGGACUCAAACUACACCUGAUUAUCCUAUCUCUCUGCAUGGGUGUCUUCCUUGUAGCCCUCGACCAGACCAUUAUCGCCCCGGCGCUGGGCGCUAUUACCAGUGAAUAUGGUAGCGUGGGGGACAUAGGUUGGUACGGUAGCUCGUACCUCUUGACCUCGACCGCACUACAACCGCUAUACGGCAAAGUAUACCGGAUCUUCGACAUCAAGUACUCAUUCCUAGGCGCUAUCGCACUCUUCGAACUUGGCAGCUUGGUCUCGGCCAUGGCGCCCUCUUCCACAGCCUUCAUCAUCGGACGGGCCGUAGCGGGAAUGGGCAGCGCAGGUUUGUUCUCUGGCUCAAUCGUCAUCUUAUCGUACACUCUGCCUCUUCGGAGACGACCUCUCAUGUUCGGUAUGUUCGGCUGCAUGUGGGGUAUCGCGUCCGUCGCCGGGCCCCUGCUAGGGGGCGCCUUCACGGACCAUCUCACCUGGAGAUGGUGUUUCUAUAUCAACCUGCCGAUCGGGGGACUCGCGAUGGCGGUGAUAUUCUUCUUCCUGAAAAUUGCCCGGGUUAACAAUCCGGACGGCCAACCUUUCCUCGCGCGGGUUCUGGAACUUGACUUGAUAGGGGCUGUGGUAUUAAUGCCGGCGAUCAUCAUGUUACUCCUCGCGCUCCAAUGGGGAGGUUCUCGGUUUCCGUGGAGCGACCGCCGUAUUAUCGGCUUAUUUGCCGGUGCUGGUGCCAUGGCCCUGAUCUUUAUUGGCAUUGAGCAUUACCAGCAGGACAAGGGCUUGUUACCUCCAAGGUUCUUCAAGGAUCGAAACUUGUUGUGCGCUAUGCUAUUUGCCGCCUUCUUCGGAGCCUCGUUCUUCCCCCUAAUCUAUUAUCUUUCCCUCUACUUCCAAGCCAUACAGGGAGACAGCGCCGUCAGGGCAGGCAUCAAGCUCUUACCCCUCCUCAUAUCCGUAGUCGUCAGCUCGAUCAUCUCAGGUGCCCUCAUCACCGCCACCGGUUACUACAACCCGUUUAUCCUAGUUGAGAUCGCCAUGGUCGCCGUCGGCGCGGGACUGAUCACGACCUUGGACCUGCAUACCCCCUUUGCCAACUGGUUCGGGUACCAGGUCCUCGACGGGCUGGGCGUAGGCAUCGGAUUUCAGGCCAGUGUCAUCGUAGUGCAGAAUGUAGUUUCGAGAGAGCUGGUUCCGCAGGCUACGUCGUGUGUGCAAUUCUUCCAGUCUCUCGGCGGCGCCCUCUUCAUCGCCGUCGCCCAAACCGUAUUCCAAAACGGCCUCAUCAACGGCCUAGCCCGCGACGCGCCACACCUCGACCCCGAACUCUUUACGCACAGCGGCGCGUCCCAGGUCCGGCAGGUCCUAUCGUCCAUCGGCCAAGAACGCAUGCUCAACGCCGUGCUAGGCGCUUACAUGAGCGGCCUGCGGCACACGUAUUACAUCUCGGCAGCCGCGGCGACUGUGGCGUUCCUCGCCGCGCUAGGCCUCCAGUGGAAGAAGAUCGAGAAGAAGGGCGAUGGCAACGCGGCUACGGCCGCAGGCGAGAUCUGGAGAGCGUGUACGCCGGCUGCUGAGUUUGAUACGUUUUAUGAGGGGGCGGGCGAGUUAUGUGCUGCGUCGAAGCUGCAGAAACGCCGGCGUGGGUAUCCUUAA